CUGAAACUAAGUUACUGGAGUUUUUCAUAGCAGCAUCUAAGCGGGACAGCUUCCAGGACCUCCCGAUCUCCUGUCGAUGAGUCGAGGGGGGAAAGCAAUGACAAGCCGCUGCCAAGUGGUCUUGAUCCUGGUAGCUACUUUGUUUGUCCAUAGUGUGUCAGCCGAUAGCGUGCUUAGCACGCAGUCCAAGGCCGAUCCCAUUGCUGGACUGGACAGCGUGCUCACCUCAUUCCUAGACAAGAGCUUGGUAAACCAGACACAGACAGCACUGGCCAGCAACCUCUUGGGUAUCGUCAAUGCCGUUGAGACGACACCUGCAAUCUCGUUGCCAAGCUUGACUGUGGUGAAUGGUUCUGACAUCGCCGACUCAGCACAAGGAGUGCUGGGUUUGCUAGACACCACCCUGCAGAGCGUCAUGCAGAAGAUUGCAGACUGGCUGCCAGGAAACAAGACCACCCUCUCAUUGGCGAAGGACUCGCACAUCGAGCUGGGCACAAAGGAGACUGGCUGGGAGGGGUUCAAGCUGCCAAUGAUAGAGAUCAGCAGCGGAACUUACCUGAACCCUGCCACGAUCGACCUUGAGACCCUGGAUAAACUCGUCAGCGACUUAAAGUCCCCGUUCUGCAGCGAGGCGUUUGUGAAUGACACAGCCGUGGUGCCGGCAACCCUGACAUAUUCGACAUUCACCCUUACCCUGGAGACGGGGGCGUGCGCGAUUACCACUGAUUUCACUCCCAACCCUAACAACCCCUACGAUGACUGGCUCGCCUCCAGGGGCUUUGUGUGCAAGACCCCCGAGCUGAGUUUCUCCCAGGAUCCGGCCGUCUUCACAGAGUCCUACACGGCGCCGGCCACGCUGAUCACACCGAGCUGCAAGGUGGCCAAGAACACCACGGACGGCUGGAGCAAGCUGCUGUACAGCGCUGGAGACCCGGUGGUGUAUGCGUCCAGAGCAGACUUCAUGACUGCCAUGAUGGACGGCACCCAGACAGACAUCUGGGCCCCCUCGGCCAAGAGCGACCUGAUGAAUGCGAUUGUUGAGCCCCUGAAGAAGUACAUCAAGGAUGCAGCUGCCUCUGCACCUCCCCUGGUUGUCCAUGUGGACUCAAGCAGCUUGAAGUCGGGCAGGCGCCUGAAGGAGAUCAUGGCACAAUUCUAGGCGCACAAUUAACUUUACACCCUUUAAGCAGCAUUUUUGAAGUAAUGUAGUGCCUUCCACCGCAAUUUGCUGAAAAAGUAAAUUAGAGGUGCUAGUUUUUUCAAGUGAGAAUGGCGAAUUUCACAUGCAUAUGCUGCGGAGUUACUUGUCAAGAUAUGGUCCUUAUGACUUCAAAGCCAGCAAAAGACGAUAUGAUCAUUUAUAAAUGAUUAGGGUCGUACAAGUACUGGGGAGAUUGAGGGUAUGGUGUCAUGCAGCGGGCAUCUGCAAGCAUGUAAAGUUUGUCAGGCAU